AUGUCGGGCAAGGACGACACCGAUGACGUGAGGCGCUAUCAGGCCCCCUACAGCGCCCGGCGGCCCAUUCCUACGAUAUCCAGGUAUCGCGAGGCAAAGGCCGCCCGGCAGCAAGAGGCUCUCAAGGGUCAAGACGCCGGCGGCGAUGACCCGCCUCCCUACCCGGCGUGGGGUCAAGGCAAGCCGGAGCGGCGGCCGUCGACGUCCGGCACGGGCCCGCAAAGCACGAGCGAGAAGCCAAGCGGCUUGACUGAUGACAAUGAGAUGCUCAAGGACACGUCCCAGGUUGGCCCGGAGACGACGGAUCCCAGGCUGCGGAGAAAGGAGCUCAAGAACAGGAAGCGGGAGCGCGCAGAGCGUGAGGUGACGGAUCCCGUUACUCACCUCCCCGUCAUCAUCCAUGACUUCACCGACGAUGCCCUCGAGGAGCUCGACUUCAACUAUCCGCCCUUUGGCUCGACUCCGGAGACGUCCACCGGCCUCGGUGCAAAGCAAAAGUCCGAGGAGCAGCUCAUGAGCGAAAAGACCACCCUGCAGCGGGACCAUGCCCUCUUGAUAAAUCGCUUUCCGCCCCCCGACUUUGAGGUCCUGGGCCAGAACAUGGCGGCCAUCAGCAGGCGUGGCGUCACCAUCGGGCUCUCGGGGACCGCCAUCAUCGUUGUAGCAACGUUGGCCGUGGAGAGGUUAAUGCGACCGGACGAGGCCCUCAAGCCCCAACAAGGAGCCGCAGGUCGCUCGUGGAUCACCUUGAUGGCCCUCAGCGGAGCGGCCAUUGCGAUCCUGAUUGCCGGAGUCCGGGAAUACACUUCUCGCAAGGUCAAGAGCAUCUUUCAAGACGAGAUCUGGGAUGCGCAGCGCCGCCAAACCGAGGCCCGGGCCAACGAGGACGUUACCGAGUCGACGGCCUGGCUCAACUCGGUCCUCGGCUCAGUCUGGCCGCUCAUCAACCCGGACCUCUUUGCCAGUCUCUGCGACACGCUCGAGGACGUCAUGCAGGCCUCGCUCCCCAGACUCGUCCGGAUGGUCAGCGUCGAAGACAUUGGACAGGGAAGCGAGGCUCUCCGUAUCCUCGGCAUCCGCUGGCUGCCCACUGGCGCGGCGGCCCAAUCAGUCACCCGCGAUGGGAACCUGACGGCCGAGGAGCACUGCAAGAAUGACGUCGACGGGGACGGAACAGACCAAGACGACUCUAGCGAGCGCGACUCCAAGCAACAGAGCGGCGGGCAUGCAAUCUUGGAGGGCAUGGAGGGCGAGGAGGGCGACUUCAUCAACCUCGAGGUCGCCUUCGCUUAUCGAACGCGCUCCAGCUCAAAGAGCCUCAAGAGCCGGACAAAAGACAUGCAUCUCUACCUCGCCUUCUACUUGCCCGGAAAUCUCAGGAUUCCCGUCUGGGUUGAUUUGCAGGGAAUCCCCAAGGUCGACUUGAGCUGCAUGCCCCUGAGUCAGCGUGGUCUCAAUAUCAUGGAUGUCCCGCUCAUCAGCAACUUUGUGCAGUCGGCCGUUGAUGCCGCCGUUGCCGAGUACGUGGCGCCCAAAAGCCUCACCAUCAACCUCAAGGACAUGCUCGCCGGCGACGACUUUAAGAAGGACACCAACUCGGCGGGCAUCCUCAUGAUUCACAUCAAGCGGGGUUAUGAAUUUAAAAUGGGCGACGUCGGGAUCCCCUUCUUCAAAGAGGGCAGCUCCGACCCCUACGUAUCGGUAGGAUGGGCCAAGUUUGGCAAGGUCCUUUGGAGCACCCGCGUCCUGACGUCCGAGAUGGAGCCUUAUUGGGACGAGACAUACUUCCUCCUCGUCACGCCCGAGGAGCUCAACAUCGAGGAACGGCUGCGCGUGCAGCUCUGGGACUCGGACCGGUUCACCGCCGACGACGACCUGGGGCGAAUCGAGGUGCCCCUGAAGGAGCUCAUGAAGGACGACCGAUCCAGGGGACGCAUGUGGAGCCGCGUCGACGGGUUUAGAGCACUCAAAGCCGGCGACAAUAUGCCCGGCAAGCUGGAGUGGAGUGUUGGAUACUUUGCCAAGACCAAGAUGCAGCAGUGCCAGUUUGACCAGCAAACCCACGACCCGGAGAUCCGCACCAUGGAGCAGCUCAAGGAGGUGGUGGAUAAGAGCAAGUUGGAGCAGCUCAAGGCGCAGGAGCUCAAAAGCGAGCAGGACGCCAUGAUGAUAUCGGCCCCACCGCCGGACGGGUUUCCUAGCGGCCUGCUAAGCUUGCAAAUUCACAACAUCACCGGACUCGAGCUCGACAAGCUGAGCAAGAGGCAAGGCGACGACGACGACGACGAAGCAAGCGACGAGCAGGAGACGGGUGAGAGCCUGCCGAGCUCCUAUUGCACCGUCAUCGUCAACCACAGCAAGACGUUCAAGACGCGGACGAAGCCGCAGAACGCAAAGCCAUUUUUCAACGCAGGGUGUGAGCGAUUCGUACGCGACUGGAGAGAGUGCGAGGUCUUCGUCUCAGUGCGGGACGCCAGGCUGCACGAAGACAAUCCCCUUCUCGGGAUUGUGCACCUGCCGCUUGGCGACGUGUUCAAGGAGCGGUCACAGGUUAUGGGUUUCUGGCCGCUGACGGGCGGCAUCGGCCACGGGCGAAUCAGGCUCUCAUUGGUCUGGCGGAGCGUGCAGCUCCAAGCUCCGCGGAAUAUGCUCGGCUGGAGCUAUGGCACUGUAGACGUGCAGCCACUGGCCAUCAGCCGAGACUGUCCCGAGAAUCUCAAGACGUGCAAGCUCAAGCUCAAGACGAACAUUAGCAUGGGCAAGCUGUAUCCGCAAGGGGGGGGUGAGGCCAGGUGGAGGGCAAAGAAGGAGCAGAACCUCAGCCUGGCCGUCAAGAAGCGGUACAGCAGCUGCAUGUCGAUCGCGUUCAAGGACAAGGGCUUCUUCGGGGACAAGGUGGCGGCGUUUUGCGUGCUGUGGCUUAAGGAUAUACCAGACGAGGAGGAAGAGGACCUCGAACUGACCAUCUGGAAAGGCGACUUUGAGCGGGCGACGGCUUGCUGCCUGGAGGAAUGCGGCGAAAAGGUCGGCAGCUUGAAGCUAAAGGUGACGUUUUGGGCGGGCAUGGGGAGCGCGCAUUCUCGAUGGGCAUCGCGCAACCAGAAUGUCCGCGACGUUGUGGAGGUCAUCGACACGGCGCGAGAUAAUCUCGACACGGACAAGAUGCAGCAUGAAGCAGGUAUUGUGGACGAGGAGGCAUCGAGCGACAGCGACAGCUCCGACAGCUCCAUGAGCAAAGACUUACCCGACGGCAGCGUCGACGACAAGCAGGGACCGCUGGACCAGAUCCGGGACUACAGGAGGCGGGACAAGGCUCUGCAUCGGCAGCACCGGGGCAUCAUGCAAUGGAAGGUGCCGCGAACGGCGAGGUGGAUGAAGCACAAGUUUGAGCGGGUGGGGGACGGCGUGACGGGGCUCUUUGACCGGCAUUCGAAGCAGGCGGGCAUCGAGACGGAGGUGUAG